AGAAGAAUCUUUUGCUGCUUUUUAUUGAUGAUAUUUGACAUGAUUCUGAAAAGCAUGAACAUUGAAAAAAUAAAUUGCCUAGCAGAGACAAUAUUAAAUAACCCACUCAAAAAGGCAAUAAUAAACGAAUAGGCUUAUAAUGCAUGUGUCAACAGAAAGUACUCAACCAAUGACAAUGGAUGUAGCACUGCAUAUUUGUAACAAUAAAUAACUAGAGAAGAGAAGAUGGAGGAUAGCUACUCUGGAGAUACAGAAAUGACAUAUGUGAAUAUCAAACUGAAUAUACAAAUAGAUAGAUGCAUGUACCGAAAGGUGAUUGAGAGACAACAAAUCUAAACUAUAAAAGCUUCGGUUGGAUGCACAUAUACGACAACAUCGGGCAUUGACAGAUUUAAUCUGCAGUCAAUUUGAAUAAAGUACUUUAUAUUGAUAAAUGUAGUGAUCUGACACAUUUGAUAACCAAUCACCAUGACAUGGAUAUCCAAUAAAGCAUCUGUUCAAACAUGACUAUACAAAUAAUCCAGUGAUUGAUUUUGACAAACAUAUUGAAACAACAGGAAAAGUAAUCUGGACAAAAUCAGAGAUUCAAAUAUACAGGUAUGUCCACAAGAACACACCUAUCCUAAUCAACUAACAUCAGAAAUAAAAAGGAGUUAACAGUUUGUGUCCAUCAUGACUGCUACAGAUACAAUUCCAGCACUUGAUGCGCUGAGAGUCGAAUCAAGUGACACAAGCUCCAUCUAUAUCAACUGGUCUCUGAACAGUUUAUAUUCAGAUACAGUCAUAGGCUACAAGGUGCACUAUCAAGCCCAGGGUGAGGGUGUUAUAAAAUACAGCACACUCUUAGAAAACACUGAGGAUGAGUUUGGUAUAGAAAAUCUCCAGGCUGGGACUCAUUAUAAAGUAUGUGUGGCUGUGUUUCGAGAAAAUAUCAGGCCAAUGCAUCAGUGUAUUGAUGCUUCAACCACAAGCUGGCAGAUUCCUGUAUCAAUAGGGAGUAGUAUUGGUGCAAUUUUAGCACUUAUGAUUAUUGUGUUAGUUGUGGCUGUAGCGAGAUGUCAGAACACUGGUAAGAAAGGGAAACGCGCACGUGGAAGCAGUCGCUAUGAUAGCAUGGGGGAGUAUAGCACAUCAGGCUUUCAUGCGUCAAACAUGGAGAUGUCAGAUACUGUGAUGUCAGACAAUGACCAUUGUGACAUAGAGGGACAUCAUUAUUGUAAAAAACAUUCAUUCAGAGAGAAACAGUCAACUCAUUGUAACCAUGUCAAUGAGCUAGAUCCUGGUGAUGAUGCUGCAAAUGCAAACCAUGUUCAUAGAGCCAGCUUUAAAGACAAACGAGGAAGUUUCAGAGACCGGCAAGGAAGUUUCAGAGACCGGCAAGGAAGUUUUAGAGAUCGGCAAGGAAGUUUCAGAGACCGGCAAGGAAGUUUCAGAGACCGCCAAGGAAGUUUCAGAGACAGACAAGGAAGUUUCAGAGACAGACAUGGAAGUUUCAGAGAUCGCCAAGGAAGUUUCAGAGACAGACAAGGAAGUUUCAGAGAUCGCCAAGGAAGUUUCAGGAGGAAACCAGGAAGUUUUAGAAGCAACCAAGGCAGCUUCCGGGACAAUCAACAUUCUCUCAGAGACAAUCAAGCACCAAGUUUCAGAGACAAAAUUGGAAGUGUGAAAGAUUUAAAUGGAACAAUAAAAGAUAAUCAAGGCAGUUUUCAUGAUAAGAACGGUAGUGCUGGUGAUCGACCAGGGAUACUUAAAGAGCUUCAUAGGUCAUUAGGAACCAAUGUUAGACAAUCGAGUAUUAAUGGGCGCUGUGAGACUGGGCAGAAUGGACGACAUUUACACACUCGGAGUGCUGAACAACCUAUAGAAGUAAGUGCUUUGGCCACAAACUCUGAACCAUUAACAAGAGAGAACUACACAGCUCAUUAUAUAGCUCACCUACAACAGCCUGACCCAAUGGAAAUGAAACAAAUUGCCAAAACCCAGAAGUGGAACCAUCCAGAUGCAACCAGGACCCUAACUGUGUGA